AUGCAUAAUCCUCUAGGACCAAGCUUCAAAUGGAAUAGAAAUCAUCCACCUGAAUUGAUAAUCGGUAAUCCUAAUGCUUCUCUUAGGAUAAGAUACCAAUUACUAGAUGAAAUGGCAAACUCUGCCUUUAUUUCUCGAAUUGAGCCAAAGAAGAUUAAUGAAGCACUACUUGAUCCAGAUUGGAUCAAUGCGAAGUACACCAAAGAGCUGCUAAAGAAGUUUGGCAUGGAGAACUGCUCUGCUCCAGCUACUCCAAUGAUCUCUUCCAUAAAGCUUGACAAAGAUGAAGAUGGCCAAAGUGUCGACAUCACUGCUUAUAGAGGGAUCAUUGGCUCGUUUCUCUACCUCACUACUAGCCGACCAUACAUUCAGUUUGUUGUCGGUACUAUGCAUGUUGCAAGAUUGAUUGGAAGAGUACUAGUAGGACGUGCCAAUUCCUUGAUGAGGGACUACGACAUUAAGGCGAACAAAUCACCGGUUUUUUGCGAUAACACCAGUGCCAUAGCGAUUACAUACAACCCAGUGUUGCAUUCUCGGACGAAGCAUAUCGACAUUCGACACAAUUUCAUCCGGGAAUAUGUUAGUCAGAAACAUAUUCGUCUGGAAUAUGUCCCAACGGAUCAACAAGUGGUAGACAUGUUCACAAAGCCUCUUCCCGAGAUUAUGUUUUCGUACUUUAGAAAUGUUUUGGGUCUUGUAGACCUAAAUUAA